AUGAAGCGAAGUGGCAAUGUUCCCGCGGAGAGGCCACAGUCCAGUGCAGGGCAGCUUCGCUUGAGAGCCGACCAGAUCCGGAUUUGCAUUGCCGAAAAACCGCUCAAACAGCUUGAGAGAAAAGGAUUAAGAAACAACAUCGUCAAUUCUCGUGACGCCAGUCCUUCCUUCAGCGAGAUACCACACGCACAGCCUGGGUUUCUCUGGAGUCGGAAGAGCUCCAUUGCUCGCGGUGAUGGUGGAGCCAGCUGUGACUCCGCUCGCCGUCGGACAUUGGUUGGGGUAGGGGCUGCUUGCCAAUAUGGGUCCCGGAACUGCCAGCAGGUAAUGGGGAUUCACUUACCAGGGUCAGGCCAAAAAGGAAUCAGACGAAAGUCUUAUACGGCGCGCAGUUGA